AUGGGGGCAAAUGAUGUGCAUGACUUUAUGGGGCUACCAUUUGAGGGGGAAGAGAUUAAAGCAGCUGUGAGUAGUGAAGAUGAAGUGUUCAAGCAAUGGAGGACUGUGUAUGGCAAUAUUCCAUACAAGAAGAUAGCUUCAUUGUUGACCGAGGAGAAACAAGAUGAAAAUUUUGAGAUGCUGUUUGUGAUGUAUGCAUUGGGAACGUUGCUGUGUCCUAAUGCAAGUAUUUGUGUUAGUGAUUAUUUGUUGAAGGUAAUACUAUCAACAAAGGAUAGAUUGGGUAAGUUUGAUUGGUCAUCUUAUGUGUUAAAUGAACUAUACAAGGGCAUUAGAGUGUACAAGAAACAAUUGGAAAAAGGCAAGUUGACUGAGAAGAAGAAGAAUAUUCCAGGCUGUCUAUACUUCCUACAAAUAUAUUGUCUACAAAAGUUUCCAUUGGGGGAAACAAAAGCUUCACAUAUUAAGGAUGCUCUUGCAUUUUGGGAUGAAAAGAAAGUGCAGGAAAGAGUUAACAUGGAGAAGGAGAGUGAUCAAGGAUUAUUGCAUCCAGCUAGUCAAGCCACCAGUUUUGAUCCAGAAAAUUUAACUCACCCGGAGAUCAAGAGAACAUAUGCCCGAUUAGUGUCAAUGCUGGGAGAAGAAAUGAUGUCCCUUCAGUCAAGACUAAUGAAGGACAGUGAUAAUGUAAGUGAAGAGGAGAAAGAUAAGGAGGAAGAACCUGAGUCAGAGGAAGAGGAAACUGAAGAGGAUGGAAUUGAAUCGGAAGAUGAUAAAAAUCAAGAAGAAGAACAAGAAAUUCGAUCUGAGAAGGACAUGGGUAAGGCUCUUAGGUCUCCAUUUCUGGAAAUCAAAAGUAAGCCUGGGAACAAGAGAACAAUUGAUGACAGGCAAGCUUUAUUUGACAUGUGUACAGCUAGGUGUGAUGAAGAGGAGCAAAAGCAAUACUUUGUAUCGAUGUAUGGAUACUUCCUAACCCGUGGUGAGCUGCAAUGUCUCCAACGUAGAAGAUGGAUUAACGAUAGGUUUAUGACUAUGGUGGCAAAGACGUUUGUUGGAGAUCAAAAGGAUAAAGAGGGGAGGGUGAACCGGCAUAUAUUUUCUGCGGAUUUCAUGCAAAAGAUGGUAGCCAAUCCUUUAAGAUGGAAAUGGGAGGACCAUGAAAGGGAAAUAUUACCUAAAUAUAUUGGGUACAACAUAGGGGAUUGCGAUUUCCUUUUCGGUCCUACGUUAUUUGAAGAUCAUUGGUUUUGUUAUGUUUUGGAGACAAAGACCAUGACCUUCUACGCCCUUGACUCCUUGGUUGAUAGCAUCACGUUUAUGAGACUACAAGCAGAGGAAGAAGAAGCAAAGAAGAAGGGGGGUGAGCAGCAACAUGAUGUGAAGAAGAAAAAGAGGACAAAUAAAGGCCACUUCAAUCCCAAACACUUUAUGGCAACACAGACUAUGAACUGUUUCCAUACGAUGUUGCGUGCUGUUAAGCCAGAAUUGUUUGCCAAUGAGGAGAAAAUUGACAACGAAGUGAAAUGGGCUAAAGUUUAUGUGCAGAAUGAUACUGAUUCAUGUGGAGUUCAUGUCCUCUCUUGGCUACAAGAGUGGGAUGGCACUGCUCGUGAUGCUGCAGGAUAUACCAUGCCACGAUACUCCAAUGAUGAAUUGCAAGAGUUGAAGGUUGGCUGUUUGUGGUGGUUGGUUACCCAUCCACAUAAUGAACAUAGGGAUGAAGUGAUGUCAAUGCUAUCGGACUAUAACAAGAGCAAGAGAAGGAGAUAGAGGAGUCAAUUAAUUUUUUGUUAUGUUAUGCCAGGAUGUGUUGUGAGAUGAUUGGCACCUAAGGGUGUAAGCCAUGAGUGGCAAUACCUUAAUGGUCAAUAGGUCCUUUUGUAACAAACUGAUCAAAUUAUGUUUAUAAUAUUAUUACCUUUGUUAUUAGAUGUUA